AGAAAGAAAAAGAUAGCACAUGAAAACAACAAAAGAAAAGAAAGCAAAAGCGUAGGAGAACGUACAUGUGAUUUCCUAGUAUGAUACGUUUGCUGUUUUGAACAAACAAAACCCAUUUUUCUUUCGUAGAUUGAAGAACUGCCAUUUAUUUUCUUUUCUCAUUUGGAACCUGGGAAAAUACCACAUACCCAAUUGCUUAAAGUCUUCGAUUUUCUGUGGAUAACCAGGGAAAUAGCUACAAUUUGAUUUAAGGUGUAUAUUCUUCUCCGUAAGUUGAAGUGGUGGUCUUGGAUUCACUUUGACUAUUUCAAAAUUGAAAGGAUUAUCAGCUUGAUACAGGCCAGUGAAUUCGUCAAUCAUUAAGCUGAUGGCCACUUCUGAAGCAGUUCUUCAAGUUUUUUGCGGGGCUGUACCACGCCUUUGUAGUACUGAUUCAUGUUUUAGCAAAUGUGAUCCUAUAUUUUCUUCUAAAUACCAACUAAAAUGUCGGAAGAGAAGAGUCUCAAGAUACAUGCAAUUGCUCAGUUGUUCAGGUAUGCAACGAAGUCGUAUAGGAAAUUAUCGAUUUCGGGGGAUAGGGAGUGGUUUGUUUGGAAAUAUGACCGUAGGUGAUUCUUGGAUUCAGAGUUGCAAGUGCCAACAAGCUGAAAGUAUAAGUGGGGCAACUACAGAAGAUGAGAAUGGGACAUGGUUUGUGGAUAGUGCAAAGAAAUUGAACACAAUCAACAACAUGGUGAAUGCGCCGAAUGCUUUGGAAUUUCAAGAUGUUCAGCAGUUGAAACAGGAAAAGGAGGGCUUGUCACCUAAUGGAACAAAUGGAACGGUUAGGGAUGCCUUUCACAAGAUUAGUGUUGAUUCGCUCGAGGAUGAAGCAUGGGAUCGACUACGUGAAUCUAUGGUUUAUUAUUGCGGAAGUCCUGUUGGAACCAUUGCUGCAAACGAUCCUACCAGUUCCAAUGUGUUAAAUUAUGAUCAAGUCUUUAUUCGUGAUUUCAUACCUUCUGGCAUAGCUUUCCUCUUGAAGGGGGAGUAUGAUAUUGUUCGGAACUUUAUACUUCAUACUCUUCAGUUGCAGAGCUGGGAGAAAACAAUGGAUUGUCAUAGUCCUGGUCAGGGUUUGAUGCCUGCUAGUUUUAAAGUGCGUACUGUUCCUUUGGAUGGUGAUGAAUCUGCAACAGAAGAGGUGCUGGAUCCAGACUUUGGAGAGGCAGCAAUUGGCCGUGUUGCCCCAGUAGAUUCUGGGUUAUGGUGGAUAAUCUUGUUACGUGCAUAUGGAAAAUGCUCUGGUGAUCUCUCAGUUCAGGAGAGAGUUGAUGUGCAGACAGGGAUUAAGAUGAUUCUAAGGUUAUGUCUAGCUGAUGGUUUUGAUAUGUUCCCUACAUUAUUGGUAACAGAUGGUUCUUGUAUGAUAGAUCGACGUAUGGGAAUUCAUGGUCACCCACUGGAAAUCCAGUCCCUUUUCUAUUCAGCAUUACUUUGUGCACGAGAGAUGCUUGCUCCAGAGGAUGGAUCAAUCGAUCUUAUUCGAGCACUCAACAACCGUCUGGUAGCUCUGUCAUUUCAUAUCAGAGAGUAUUAUUGGGUUGAUUUGAAAAAACUGAAUGAAAUCUACCGAUACAAGACUGAAGAGUAUUCAUAUGAUGCAGUUAAUAAGUUCAACAUUUACCCAGAUCAAAUUUCUUCGUGGCUCGUGGAAUGGAUGCCCAAUAAAGGAGGCUAUCUAAUUGGAAAUUUGCAACCAGCUCAUAUGGAUUUCCGAUUUUUUUCUUUGGGAAACUUGUGGUCUGUAGUAAGCAGUAUUGCGACAACAGAUCAGUCACAUGCUAUUUUGGAUCUAAUUGAAUCCAAAUGGGGAGAUUUGGUGGCGGACAUGCCAUUUAAGAUUUGUUAUCCUGCUCUUGAAGGCCAGGAGUGGCAGAUUAUCACUGGAAGUGAUCCUAAGAACACGCCCUGGUCCUACCAUAAUGCAGGUUCCUGGCCGACUCUGCUAUGGCAGCUCACUGUCGCUUCCAUAAAGAUGAAUAGACCCGAAAUUGCAGCAAAAGCUGUUGAGGUUGCUGAAAAACGGAUAUCGCGAGACAAGUGGCCAGAAUACUACGACACCAAAAGAGGUAGGUUCAUUGGAAAACAGGCACGCCUGUUCCAGACCUGGUCAAUUGCAGGAUACCUUGUGGCAAAGCUCCUGCUUGCUGAUCCUAGUAAAGCCAAGAUUUUGACAACUGAAGAGGAUUCUGAACUGGUCAACGCCUUCUCCUGCAUGAUUAGUGCUAACCCAAGAAGAAAGCGUGGUCAAAAGAAUUUGAAGCAGACCUACAUUGUAUGAGUCUGGUUCCGUUAUGAUUGUGCUCCAGACUGCUAGUUUCGAUUGUCUACAUACGGGCAAGUAUUAUUCUGAUUUUAAUAAAUUAUGUUGGUGAUUAUUUGGGAAUGGCUAAGUGUCAGAUAGCACUUUGCUUGUUCCGUUUGGAUAAGCUGAUAUAUUUCAUAAGCUUAUUCAUGCAACACUAAAUUCUGUUGUAAAGAUUAUGUACUUUGACUUUAAAUUUACAGUUACCCAUUUGAAGCAUCCUGUUAUUGUAUGAAGUUAUGAACUCUAGAGACAGUUAUUUGUAAAUAUAUAUAUCUCAGAGUUACAAAAUCGAA